CUUGUGGGAGGCACCAUCAACAUCAUCAUUGAAACCAAACCCCUCUCUUCCAAACUAUUCAAUUCAAUUUCUUUUUCGACCCUUUCAGAAAAUCUCUUCAUUACAUUCAUUUUUCCAUUACCAAAGCUUCUCUCUCUACUUUCUCUCUCCUCCAUACACUCUUGUCUUGUUUCUUGAAAAUUCUGGGGCCCACAUUAUUAUGCCUUGGCACUGUGUGAGAAUGGUAGUUGGGUUUCAAGUAUAUUACUGUAUUGUCUGAGAUCUCCAUUGAAGCAGCUUCAGAGAAAAGAUGAGAACAGGUAUUCAAAAAAACAACACUGACUCGUCCCCCGGAACAAGUUUGGAUGGAAGUUUCCGGAAGCUUGGAUCCGCUUCUGCUCGUUCGAAAUCAAGACCUUCAAGCAAAUUCGUCCCGACUUCGAAAACGGUGCACAAACUCCUCAAGGAAUAUUCCACGAAGCUACUCGACCUCAACAUAUUCACGGAGCAUCUCCAAGAUUGGGUGACGGAGAAUUUGUACAGUGAGGGCCCACACAAUUUCGCCUCCCCCUUCUCACUCAACGAACUUCGCACAUUCGACUUUGCAUUGGAGGGUGUUUUAUUUCAGCAGUUAAUACGCAUGCCUUGUCCACCUCAUCACCCUUCAGACAACAACCUUAAAGAAGACGAGUUUCUUGCGCUCGAAGAUUUUCUCCACACCGCCGCACAAGGGCUAUGGCAAACUUUUUGGCACAAGAACAAACCUCUCCCGUUUUUCCUAUCUUACCCUCGAUAUAUAGGGUCCAAAUUCUACACUAUCGAGAAGGCGAAAUCGAGGGGGAGGCUCGGUGGGCUUUGUGGGGCCGCUUGGACGUCGAAAAGUAAAGCUCGUUGGGAUGAUGUCGUCGAAUUUGUGUUGUUCAAACAAAAUCUUGACGAAAAUGCCCUUUCUCCUAAGGUUAUUUGUGAAGCUCUCUUCUAUGGUGUUCAUAUGCUGUUUUCGAGGAGUUUGAGUGGGUACAAAAGUGUGGAAGAAACCGAUUACGUUUUUGUGUCUAUUCUCGACUCGAAAUACGGAGGUGUUGUGAGAAUUGGCGGUGAUUUAGGCAAACUCGAGGUCGAUCUGAGCGACCCUUAUAAGUCCAUGGCCGAGUGGAUCACGCGUCAUGCUGACGUCAGCGUCUCUUGUGUUGACCGAAUAUGGAACGGGAUGGGGAAUGUGAAUUGGGGCGAUUUGGGAACUCUGCAGGUACUUCUCGCGAUGUAUUACUCGAUUGCUCGGUGGUGUGGGCCCGCGAGAAAGUCGAUGGACUCGCUUGCGGAACACCAUAGCAUCCGCCUCGAGAAGCGGAGGAUGGAAACUCAGCUCGUCGAGUAUGAAAAUGAAAACGAAAACGAAAACGCUCUUGUUCCUUAUAGUAGCAAUUAUAAUGGAGAAAUAGUGGAAGUGGAGUACGAAAAUAAUCGGGAUUCAAAAAGUAAAGGGGCCCGUUUGAACCUUGUUCGUGGAGAAAUGUUGGUGGUGGAAGAUCGGAAUGAGGGCUUAAAGAGUUUUCGAGUAGAAGAGGUUGUUAAUGAUGGUGGUGGAAAUAGUAAUUUUUCGUAUAUUGCCGUCGCGGCCGACUCCUGCACGGCGGAGGUGCUGAAUUUGUUCGUCGGGGCCCACUCGUCCCGUCUGGAGCCCUCAUGGGAGGACAUGAAUCUUUGGUACCAAGUGCAACGGCAAACGAAAGUACUCAAUAUCUUGAAAGAAAACGGUGUUUCGAGUAAAUGUUUGCCCGAGAUUAUAGCUUCGGGCCGGGUCGUCCAUGCGGGCCCGUGCGAUAAGAAGGGCCCGAACGGAGUUUGCGAUCACCCGUGGUGCGGUACGCCGGUGCUCGCCACGCGCCCCGUCGGAGAUCCGGUUUCUUGUGUUGUCGGCCCGUUUUCGAGCGACGAAGCGACCCGUUUAUGCCGGGAUUGUUUAGCGGGUUUGCGGAGCGCGAAAACGUUAAAUAUCCUCCACGGAGAUAUCCGACCCGAGAAUGUGAUCCGGGUCGACGAGUCGGGAUUCGUUUUGGUCUCGUGGGGCCGGGCCGUAUUGGAGGAUCGAGAUAGCCCUUCGCUAAAUCUACGGUUCUCGUCUACCCACGCGCUACAACAUGGGAAGCUGUGCCCUUCUUCGGAUAUCGAGAGUCUCGUUUAUCUAGUGUAUUUUGUUGUUGGUGGAUCGAUGAAGGAGCAAGAUUCGAUAGAGUCGGCGCUGAGGUGGCGGAAAAGGUGUUGGGAGAAGCGUGCGAUCCAACGGAAGCUGGGACAGGUGUCGCCUAUCCUGAAGGCGUUUGCCGAUUAUGUGGACAGCGUUCGUGGGACAACGUACGCCGUCGAUUACGAUGCUUGGCUGAGGAGAUUGAAUCGGGCCGUCGAUGGAUCGGACGACGAACGGGGUAAAAUGGUCGAAGAGGGGGUGAGGGUUAUGUGUGUGGCUGAGUCUUCGGGAACUUCUGGUGGUGGAAAUUCUUUGUGAUUUUUUUUUUUCUUUAAUUUUCCUUGAGGAGUUUUUGAAUUGAUUGAUAAUUGCAUUUCAUUGAUUCAUUAUUUACAUAGUUUUCAUCUGUAUUCAUUAUUUAAUCAAGUGAAAUCAAGUUGUUUGAUUAGAAUUUUCCAGUGUUGUAGAAGAAGUUUGAAGUUGACUUUUUCAAAGGUGGUUUUGUACCGUAGAUCUGUAUCAAUAAUCACCCACUAAAAAGUAAAAACACAUAUAUAUUGGUGUGUGCUUUAUUAUGUGUAGAUUAAUGCAGAAUCACUUGAUAUAUUUCA